AUGGUUACCGAACAUGGCGUCUACUUUGACUAUUUUCGCCAUCAAGUGACGAACAACCUAGCGGGGUUCUACACCACAAACAUAUGGUCUCACCUUGUUGGCGGUGAAUGUCUACAGGAAGAUUGCAUCCAGCACUCAGUACUCGCCAUUGGGGCACUCAUGCGUUCCAUGUCCGAGGGCUUGCCUUCCUCUGGCGAGGAAGACCACAAUACUGUGUCCCAGAUGCUCGCGUUCGGUAAAGUCGCUGAGCAACAUCAUAGAGCGGCCUUGCGACAUUAUGGAAAGGCUCUCAACUUACUCCGUCAGCGCAUCCAGUGCAUGGUACGGUCGACGCCAGGGGCAGCCGUCACGACAACGCUGCUUCUUGUAGUCUUUGAACUGUUGCAGGGAAGACCAGACACGGCCCAUUCCUUGGUCAGCUUAGCCAUACCCCUUCUCGAGGGACGCAGCCCUCUCUUUCAGUCGAAACAUGCCCCGCCUGCGAAAAGUGACCCUGAUCCUGCCUUCCGAGACAUGGAAUGGGUCCUUCCGACCAUUUCAAACAUGCACCGUCUGUCACACUCGCUCCGGUUUCCGCAUGAAACCAUCAAUUUUUGCACAACCGAGACCAAUUUUGACUUUCCUGACCCCGGCUGUGACUCGAUGUCGAAGCUUUUCACCUGCUGGGGCCGGUUCUUCACACUCAGCAUUAUAUUUUUCCGACAGUCCAUCUGGUACGAACUAGAGCACAUGUCCGCAGAUGUGCCUCCUUCUAUUGCUCUACAGCAAGAGAUGCUACUGUCUCACCUGCAAAGGUGGAAGCAUAUUCUCGCAGACUGUGCCAAAAGGUUACAAGUGGAGGCUGCCGGCAAGAGCGCUCUGCGUAUCGUCCAAGUGCACUGGCUGUUGCUUGAAAUUAUGAUCAGCUGUUGCCUCGAUCGAGCUCAACUCAUGUUCGAUCGCUUCGAAGAGGAAUUCAGCAGACUAAUUGCUCUGUGCGUUGAUCUUAUACAGGACCCGUCGUGCUGUCGACGGCCUACGUCGGUUUUGCUUGGCGAGGGGCUCAUCCUGCCUCUGUCUAUAACAAUUCGCUUCUGCCGGAACCACAACAUUCGCAUGAGAGCUAUUGAGGCAAUGAAUCUGAUCCCUGGUUCAAUAGUUGCUUGGGACCUUCGAGAUAUGCUAGACGGCCUGCUUGGGGCGGUGCUGCUGGAAGAGCUUGGCCGGCUUUCUAAUGGCUUUGUGCCACCUGAAUCGAGAUGGGUUUGGCUGGAAGGCGGCCAGAGCAAAGGGGGUGAUCAGUUCGUAAAAGUCUAUCAGAGGCUGAUGCCAAAAGAAAAGGGCGAAAUCGUCUUCAAGGAGUUGAGGGUUGAUACUGACCUAUUGCCGGAGAUAUGUGCUGUUGCCGGCUGCACAGGCGAUCAUUCCAGGGCUGAGGUGUAG